UGCAAUAAAUUUCUCUCCUUUCACAACUUUCCAAUCAAACCCUCCACCCCCACCUCCCCUAUUUAUUCCUGCAACAACUUCUUCUCAUUAGAAUAAUCCCACAAAAGUUAGAGAUAGAAAGAGAUUUUUCAUGUUUCAUUAAAUUUUCCAUAGAAAACAUCAAAUUACUAAGAGACAAUCUCAACAGAAACUCCUACACUCUACUGUUUUGUGUUUCACUCCUCUUUUUCUCUCUUUAAUAUAAGGUACUAUAUAAAGAGAUUGAUGUUGAAAACCUAGCAACACCAACAACAACAAGAAGAACAAACAACAAUUGUGUUAUCAUUUCUCUUAAUCAGCUUUUCAUCUCAAAAUCAUAAGAUAUGGCUUCAUCUAACCGUCACUGGCCUAGCAUGUUCAAGUCUAAACCUUGUAAUAACCAACAAUGGUCACAACAUCAUGACACCAACCAUCAUCAAUCUUCUCUCCUUUCCAAUUCUUGCGCUCGUUCUUCUUCUACUAAUUCUCCGUUUUCGUCAGGAUGUGAAGAGAGAAGCCCGGAGCCGAAGCCGAGGUGGAACCCGAAACCGGAACAAAUUCGGAUCCUAGAGGCGAUAUUCAACUCGGGUAUGGUGAAUCCGCCAAGAGAUGAGAUUAGGAGGAUCCGAGCUCAGCUCCAAGAGUAUGGUCAAGUAGGAGAUGCUAAUGUGUUCUAUUGGUUCCAAAAUCGGAAAUCUAGGAGUAAGCAUAAGCAGCGCACUCUUCAAGCAAAAAUCACCGCCACCGCCGCCACCACCACAAACCAUCAUAGUCCACCACCGCCAAUGCCGGCUUCUUCUUCUUCCUCUUCCUCCGACAAGGCGUCGCCUCGAAAGGUGCCGCCUUGUAGGUCAGGAGGAGGUUCAUCAUAUGGUAGCAUUAGUAGCAAUACUAGUAGUAGUAACAAUAACAAUAAUAGUAACAAUAACAAUAACAAUAAUAAUAAUGUGGUUGUUGAUCAAUUUGGGAAUUCACCAACUUCAGUUAACCAAUGUAACUCUUACUUUCAACAACUUGUUACUCCACUUCACCAUCAUUCUACUACUACUAGUACUACAACUCAUGAGUUUGUUCCUCAAGAUCAACCUUUGUAUUUCCCAUUGCAACAAAGUAGUGGUGUAAAUAUGGUGGGUAAUUUUAGCCAAGGGUUAUGCUUUGGUACUUCAUCUCACCAUGAUGAUGAUCAUCAUAACCAACUUAUUAAUACUAAUUCGGCUACCAUUCAUGUGUCGCCGGAUUCUGAUCAGACGGCGGGCGGUUUCUCAUCGUUGUUGCUUGGAGAUAUGUUUGGUGGUGGUGGUGGAAGUCAUGAUCAUUCAAAGGUGGAGAAGUUUAAGAUUCAACAAGAGAUGAGUUUUUUAGUGUCUAAUCCUCAAAAUACUAUGACUUCAUCUUCAACAAUUGUUCCUACACCCACUACAAGCGCCAUUCCUAGUAACUUUGGUCAAAUGCUAGGUGUAGGUGGGUCAGGUGGACUUGCAGCUAAAUCAACGGUGUUUAUUAACGGAAUGGCGUUCGAGAUUCCGGUGGGACCUUUCAAUGUUAAGGAGGAGUUUGGGGAGUAUGCAGUGUUGAUUAACUCGAGUUCAGGUCAACCCGUUUUAACCAAUGAAUGGGGUGUUACACUACACCCCCUUCAGCAUGGUGCGUCUUACUACCUUGUUGGUAGUGUCGCCGCCUCGCCAUUGCUUGAUAAACUCGAUACCGCCUCUGAUCUCCUUGCUCCGGGAUACCCUUACCAUCAGUGGAAUACAAUGAAUUGGACAUAGCUAGCUUUGAUGCGACCAUUUAUUUGAGAACAAUAUUUUCCUUCUCGCAUUGUGCAGAUUUAGAAGACUAGAAGUUCCUAUCUGCGACGGUUUAUGAUAAUACUCUAAAGAUGGAAGGAAAUUCAAGCCACAUACAAAUUUAUAAGCUCUAAAUUUUUAGUUUUCAUCUUCAUUAUCUAGUUUUCUAUGUAAUUUGGGAUAUUAAACUGUAUGUGUGUUUCCUCCCCCCACCCUCCAAAAACAUAAGUGUUUGUGGACCAGUACAUAUGAACGUCCUCUUAUUCUGGUAAUAUUGUUGUUCGAAGUGUUAAAAAAUGGCCUUUAAUAAGUGAUUCAUUUAGCUGUUAAGACAAA